UGGCCUGUAGACACCUUUUACUCCAAACUCCCUGAAUAGAUAUUUUACUCCUUCUAAAUAACAGGGUGGUGGCUUUUGGAUGAGAUGUUUGUUGUUGCUUUUCUCAUCUUGUCUGUGGUGACUUGUCAGCCUGGGACAACCGUGCAGGAGAAGGUGAACCGCCGGGCUGAUCAACAUUCCACCCCGACCGCAGUUGCCUGCCAGCUGAGCAGCUGGUCAGAGUGGACAGACUGCUUUCCAUGCCAGAACCAAAAGUACCGAUACAGGAGCCUUCUGCAGCCAAACAAGUUUGGGGGAGCCAUCUGCAGUGGUGAUGUCUGGGAUCAAGCCAGCUGUCACAGUCCCUUGGAUUGUCUAAGGCAGGCACGGUGUGGAGAGGAUUUCCAGUGUAAGGAGACAGGUCGCUGCCUAAAACGCCACCUUUUGUGUAAUGGAGACAGGGACUGUCUUGAUGGCUCUGAUGAGGAUGACUGUGAAGAUGUCAGGGUCAUUGACAAUGACUGCAGCCAGUAUGACCCGAUUCCAGGAUCAGAGAGAGCAGCCUUGGGGUAUAAUAUCCUGACCCAGGAAGAAGCUCAGAGCGUGUACGACGCCAGUUAUUAUGGGGGCCAGUGUGAGACAGUAUACAAUGGGGAAUGGAGGGAGCUUCGAUAUGACCCCGCCUGUGAGCGUCUCUACUAUGGAGACGAUGAGAAGUACUUUCGGAAACCCUACAACUUUCUGAAGUACCAUUUUGAAGCCCUGGCUGAUACAGAAAUCUCCUCAGAGCUCUAUGAUGAUGCAAAUAGCCUUCUUUCUGAAGUAAAAAAUGAAAAGUCUAGGUCAUGGGGAGUGACCCUUGGCAUAGGCUUUAGCAAAAUCCCGAUAAAUGUGGAAGCGGGUAUAACUGGAUCGAAAUACUCUGCAUUCUUGAAGAAGUUAGACCAGUAUAAUGAGAAGAAAUACGGCUUUAUCAGAAUUUUCACCAAGGUGCAGACUGCUCAUUUCAAGAUGAGGAGGGACAACAUUGUACUGGAUGAAGGAAUGCUGGAAGCAUUAAUGGAGUUGCCGGAGCAGUACAAUUAUGGCAUGUACGCCAAGUUCAUCAAUGACUAUGGCACCCAUUACAUCACGUCUGGAUCAAUGGGUGGCACUUAUGAAUAUAUUCUGGUGCUUGACAAAGAACGUAUGGAAUCAUACGGCAUUACCAGUGACGAUGUCAAGAAAUGCUUUGGAGGCUCCAUAGGCAUUGAAUUUAAUAUUAGGAAUCCUAAAGGAGGUCUAAAAGGAGGUCUAUCAGGAGAAAAUUGUAGAAGAUUUGGAGCUGGCAAAACUGAAAGUGACAGGAAGAGCAUGGCUGUGGAAGACAUCAUUUCUCGGGUCCGUGGUGGCAGUGCUGCCUUGAGUGGUGGCUUGACACACAGUGAGAGCAUCAUUACAUACCGUUCCUGGGGGAGGUCUUUAAAGUAUAAUCCUACAGUUAUCGAUUUUGAGGUACAGCCCAUCUAUGAGUUGCUGCGGCACACGAACCUGGGUCCCCAAGAGGCCAAAUCUCAGAACCUGCGCCGAGCCUUGGACCAGUACCUGCUAGAGUUCAAUGCCUGCCGCUGUGGGCCGUGCUUCAACAAUGGGGAGCCCAUCCUUGAGGGCACCCACUGCAGGUGUCAGUGCCCCCUGGGUCGUCGGGGCCCUGCCUGUGAGCAAAUGGAGCUAGAGGGAGCCAAAGCGGAUGGUAGGUGGAGUUGCUGGAGCUCCUGGUCUUCGUGCAGAGCAGGCACCCGGGAAAGGAGGAGGGAGUGCAACAACCCUGCACCAAAGAAUGGAGGUGCCACGUGUCCAGGGCGGAAAAUGCAGACCCAGGCUUGCUGAGGGCCUCUGGGUACAGGCCAGGACAGAUGCAGCAGAUGUCAACAAAUUCAGUGGCUACUGGUUAAAGACCUCUUUUGGCUGAGAGAACAUACAAAUCAACAGAUCUUUUACUGUGUCCCCUCUGCUCCCAGGCCUAACACCAGGCCGUGUGACCUACAGUCAACUGUUCCAUCACUCACAAAACUCAGCCAUUCAUUCAACAAUUAAGUGUUAAGUGUUAACUUGUCCUGCUCUUGGCACUUUGGAGCAACCAAAAGAAGUGAGGAGAAAACUCAAUCCAUGUCUUAGGAAAAUUGAUAGUCUGUUAGAGGGCAAAGCAGGCACACACUCUUGAAACAAUGCCCAAUAAAACAAAAUAUGAUGAGAAUCAUCUUAGUUCUUUGAUAUCAACAGUAUUUGUUCAUUCAUAGAGCCACUAUUAAUCGGUAGAAUAAGACCAACCCAAACCAAACCCAUUGCUGGCAAGUCAAUUCAGACUCAUAGCAACCCCAUAAGAGAGUAAAACUGACCCAAUAGGGUUUCCAAGGCUGUA